CGGACCUCGGCGCGCUCCCGGCCGCUCGCUGGCGGUGGGGCCGCGGCGGCUCCUCUGCCGGGUCGCGCCGGAGGACGGGCUUCGGGCGGCGGCCGGGGCUGGCCUGCGGACGGACGGGUGGGCCGAGGCAGGGCCCGCGCCCGCCGUCUCCCGCCUCCUGCCGGCGCCGGGCCCGCGCCAUGGCCGCCUCGCCGGGCUCCGGCAGCGCCAACCCGCGGAAGUUCAGUGAGAAGAUCGCGCUGCACACGCAGCGGCAGGCCGAGGAGACGCGGGCCUUCGAGCAGCUCAUGACCGACCUCACCCUGUCGCGGGUUCAGUUUCAGAAGCUUCAGCAGCUCCGCCUUACACAGUACCACGGAGGAUCCUUGCCCAACGUGAGCCAGCUGCGGAGCAGUGCCCCAGAGUUCCAGCCAGCGUUCCACCCAGCUGACAGCGUGCGGGGGACCCGCCACCACGGGCUGGUGGAGAGGGCGUCCCGGACUCGCUUCCACCCCCUUCACCGACGAUCCGGGGACAAGCCGGGACGACAGUUCGAUGGUAGUGCGCUUGGAGCAAAUUACUCCUCACAGCCCCUGGAUGAGAGUUGGCCCAGGCAGCAGCCUCCUUGGAAGGAAGAGAAGCACCCUGGGUUCAGGCUGACAUCUGCACUCAACAGGACCAAUUCUGACUCUGCUCUUCACACCAGUGCUCUGAGUACCAAGCCCCAGGACCCCUAUGGAGGAGGGGGCCAGUCGGCCUGGCCUGCCUCAUACGUGGGUUUCUGUGAUGGUGAGCAUGACGUGCAUGGGGAAGUGGUGUCUUUUCCCGGCCCGCUGAGGGAAGAGAACCUGCUGAACGUCCCCAAGCCACUCCCGAAGCAGCUGUGGGAGACCAAGGAGAUCCAGUCCCUGUCUGGGCGCCCUCGAUCCUGUGAUGUGGGAGGUGGCAGCACUUUCCCACACAACGGUCAAAACAUGGGCCUCUCCCCCUUCCUGGGAACCCUGAACACGGGGGGGUCGUUGCCAGAUCUAACCAACCUGCACUACUCGGCGCCACUGCCAGCCUCCCUGGACACCGGUGACCACCUCUUUGGAAGUAUGAGUGUGGGGAACAGCGUGGGCAACCUUCCCGCUGCCAUGACUCACCUCGGCAUCAGAGGCUCUUCUGGUCUCCAGAGUUCUCGGAGCAACCCCUCCAUCCAGGCCACGCUCAGCAAGACAGUUCUCUCCUCCUCCUUCAACAGCCACCCGGAGGCCUCCGCUCCCAGCGCCUCUGCCCUCCACCCCUCACUCCGCCACUUCUCGCUCAGCAACCCAUCCCUUUCCACCACCAGCCUGAGCGGCCCCUCCCGGCGCAGGCAGCCACCUGUCAGCCCCCUCACACUGUCUCCUGGCCCUGAAGCACAUCAAGGUUUCAGCCGACAGCUCUCUUCAACCAGCCCCUUGAACCCGUAUCCUGCCUCACAGAUGGUGUCCUCGGAUCGAAGCCCACUCUCCUUCCUGCCCACAGAAGCUCAAGCCCAAGUGUCCCCCCCACCCCCUUACCCUGCAGCCCACGACCUGCCCCAGCCUCUGCUGCAGCAGCCCCAUGCCCAGGAGCCGCCUGCCCAGCAGCCCCAGGUGGCCUCAUCGCUGCCCCAGUCGGACUUCCCGCUCCUCACAGCGCAGGGCUCAUCUUUGACCAGCUUCUUCCCAGAUGUAAGCUUUGACCAGCAGUCCAUGAGGCCAGGUCCAGCCCUUACUCAGCAGGUGCCCCUGGUGCAACAAAGUCCCCAAGAACCACAGGACUCCUUUCAUUUGAGACCAAACCUGUAUUCCAACUGCGGGAAUUUCCCAAACACCGUCCUGACAGAAGACUCGAGCACCAGCCUGUUCAAAGACCUCAGCAGUGCGCUGGCAGGCAUGCCCGAGGUCAACCUAAGCGUGGACACUCCGUUCCCACUGGAGGAAGAGCUCCAGAUCGAACCUCUGAGCCUGGACGGACUCAACAUGUUAAGCGAUUCCAGCAUGGGCCUGCUCGACCCCUCUGUAGAAGAGACAUUUCGAGCUGACCGACUGUGAGGUGAUCAGAAUGGGACAGGAGGACUUAUUUCCGAAACAGCUAAAACAGAACGGAAUGGAACCAGCUCCACCCCUGGGUGUUAGUUAACUCAGGCUUCUGACCUGGAAGGAACCCAAUUCCUCAGCUCCCAGCUCACAGAUGAGGUCCCAUCUCAGUCGCCGUGGCCUUCUCUCAACCACAGAGCUGGGCGCCGUCCCUCAGGCCCACAGCACAGGCCCUGUCGCUGCAAGCCUGCUGCUUUGGCGCUUCUGAUGACUCGGUCGUCACCACACCUGUGACAUCUUUUACUGACCCUCUAGUUGGUCAAUGAGUAAAAGAAAAUGUGUACCGAGAGGCCUCAGUAGCCGUGUAUAAUGCUCAGAACCACUGAUCUCAGUCAACACUGAAGAAAGGACCCGAAGUGGGGGGCGGUCUGGGGCUGUGGGCCUCCAGGAGCCGACUCACCUCCAGCAACGGUACCAAGCCCCACGAUGCCUGCCAUGGUCCCACUGCCUCGACUUAGCACCCCAGGCAGCCAUGGGAAGUCCAGGGCAGUGCAGAGGGCCAGGGCUCCCUGAGAGACCUCCAUUCAAACACAAAGAAGGAUUUCCGCCACAUGUCCAAGAACAGACAUGAGUUGAGCAAACUGAAUUCUAAUUGGUUUUCUCCCGGUUUGUAAUCUCUUCUCUGCUGCUGCAGUACCGCUUUUCCUUUGGAUGAGAGGAAAAGGAAGACUAUUUUAUUUUAUUCUGUCACUGAAGAAAAAAAAAAAAUCAAAAUCCCCUGGUAAUGGAUGAGCCUGAAGAGAACAGGGCUUCUACUCAGUGGCUGCAGAAGACAGAGAGAGGGGGGCUGUGUGUAGGUAUCUUACAGGCACACGAUGUCCUCUAGACAAGCUCCAAACCAUCUAGACCUCCCUGUCAACAGACUGGCCAGGAGGAGUGGCCAGGGGUCUGGACCAGCACCACCACCCCUCCCCAGCAACUGUGCAGCAGCAGAGGGAAGCUGGUUCUCUGUGGAAAGGGGGUGUUCCUGUCACCCCACUAGACCGUAAGCUCCUUGAGGGCAGAGACUGUGCCUUACCCAUCACCAAACCCCUAGCACCCAACAAGUGCCUGGCGCUGAGCAGGUGCUGCUGACCUGGGCGUCGAAUGCACACACGCGUGAAUGAGCAGAUGAAGCACGAAUGAAUGAACCUGCCUCGCUGGGAGGCAGUCUAAUCUUUCACUGACCCUCUUCCUCACCAAAGCUUCUCAGAGCUUCAGCUUUUCUAACACUUAUGCCUGUGGUUAAGUGAAGCACACACUUUAAGAUGCUUUUAACACUAGGUGACCCAAGUCCACGGUUAGGCCACAUACCUUGUCCUCCUCAAGUCUAUGCACGUGGGUGGACAAUGUCUUGUGAGUGCACCUAUGGUGGCUCAGCAAGCUGGGGCCUCCCCCAUACUGGGACCUCGGGGGUCCCAGCCAUCACAAACAUCUUCUCUCUCAGACCCGUGUUUUGCUCUUGAUUGCAUUAAGAGAUUCACCCUCUGAAGCUGAAGAAAUAAUGUAUAGUAAAACGAAGGCCUAAUUUACGGAACCAUCAUUAGGCAUCAGUACUUUAGCACAAAAUGGUAUUACUGUAUUUCCACCAGCACCUCUGAUUCAGUCUAUGCCAGCCCCUGACCAGAAACCCCGAUGGGUGGGCUUAAAAACCAUCAGGGAGGAGUCUGGGCAAAGGGGCCUCACACGGGCCUGGGAAGACAGCAUAGGGUGGACAGACACACUGAAGGAGUGAUAAAGAUGCUAGAACCAGACGGACAGCUUCUUUCCAGGAGACACCGGGCAUGUUGCUAAAGGGUCCAGAUUGCUCCCACCUAAAGAAGCAAAGCAGCACCGUGUGGGUCUGAACCUGACAUGUGUCCCUGGUGGCAGGAAGGGGUCUGUCACAGGGUCCUGGGCUGUUGACCUCCCCAGACCUUCUGUUUCCUUCUGUCUCCAGGGGGCUGCCUUCCCUCCAAUCUUUUAAGUAACCCCAACGGUGUACCGCUGUGUCUCCAGUGUGGAGCCCAGGUCUUGGUCUUCCUGCAUCACAUUCGCUCUGAACACCCCCCUCUUGAAUUAGAAAGACCAGAGCCUUCCCUGCCUGAGCUCUGGCUCAGGAAGGGGCCGUGGGCUUCCCCUUCGAAGCCUUAUUCCCAGUUAGACUUCCAGAUCUCAGCGACUUUUUGUGAAAGAAAAUGGCCUUUCAUUGUACACAGCACCCCAACAUGCUGAAAGAGCCAGAUGCUGCCUGCCUCUCAUGUGUCAGAAACCCCCUGAGAUCUGAACUAGCCUUUCAGACAAGGGGGAGUGCUGAUGUCAUGAGAGGUGUUUUUUUUUUUUUUUUUUUUAAUGGAGAUUCCAGGAUAGUCUGCUCUCUACACAGUGCCUUACCCGUGGUGAUCACUGGUGUCAGGGUCCUAACUCUGUCUGCACAGCAGCCCAGCCAUACAGCCAGAGACCCCGAGACCUGCAGGACCAAGUAUGCUCCCCUGGGCAUUCACCAAGGACUUGUGGAAAUGGAGGCUCCUGGGAAAAGUGACUUGUUUGGGGGGAGGGUAACGAUGACAGUAAGGUUUAGCACUGAAUCCAGUUUGUCCAUCCCCUCUCUUCCUGUGAAAAGGUUUUGGACAUUAUACAACCUGCCUUGCUUACCCAUGUCAAGGACACCCAUGGACAGGGGUCGCCCUGACCUCCUCACUGCUGCCUUUGGUCCUCAGCAUCUGAAAUGGCUGCAGACUUCAGAGUAAACUAUUUUUCAAUAUUUAGUUUUUCACAAGAAAUCCAUGGUUGUACUACUCUCAUUUACUAGCAGUUAAACAGCAUAAGACUAAAAACCUAUCUGUGUUUCUGUUUUUUCUUCCCCCUUCUGUAUGGUUGUGGUUUUUAGGACAUAAGGUUCAGGAGAACCUUGGUUAUGUCUAGAUCAACAUGAAUUCUCCACUGUCCUGUCUCAUUUCUCCUAAGUCUACUGUAUAUUACCUGAGCUGAAAUGUAUACCCCAGUCCAUCUGCAUAGUUGAAGACACUUUCUACUCUGACCCUUGUCGUCUCUUCUGAUUCAUGCACGGACGGUCUGGUCCCAAGCGUGUUUCUUCCACGGCUUUGUGAUGGAAACAUCACAGCAAAACUAAUCAGACUUCCCACCAGUAUCCUAGUCCACAUGCCCCUCGUCAAACAAUAUUUAAAGAUUGGAAAUUUGUAUAAAGUAGCUUCCAAGUUUUAUAAUGCAUCGUUUUACAUCUUUCGUAAUUAAAAGCAGCACAAUAAGGUUG